AGCGUACUCUCUCAUUAGUCAUUACCCUGAGGCCUGAACGUAGGGAGCGUGAAACCCCCCAAAAAAGAACGUUUUUAGGGUUUUGACAAAUUCAUAUUUCGUCAACCUGAAAUACUCUCAUCUCUUUCUUUUGAGAAUUUCCUCCAUCGUCUCUUACUUUAAGACAAGCUAAGAUGGAGAAUACAAUAGGAAAAUCGAACACAGGAGAUAAAGCUAACGUUCGUGUAGUUGUAGUUGGUGACUCUGGAACUGGUAAAUCAAGUUUGAUUGUUACUGCUGCUGCUGAAACUUUCCCACAGAAUGUUCCUCCUGUUCUACCACCCACUCGUUUACCUGCUGAUUUUUAUCCUGAUCGCGUUCCUGUCACAAUCAUUGAUACUUCCUCUAGUAUGGAGCAUCGCACUAAACUUGCUCAAGAAUUAAAGCUAGCAGAUGCUGUUGUAUUAACUUAUGCAUGUGACACACCUGCGACUCUUGAUCGUUUAAGUACGUUCUGGUUACCAGAACUUCGCAGAUUAGAGGUGAAGGUACCAGUGAUUGUGGUGGGAUGUAAGUUGGAUGCGAGGGAAGAUACCCAAGUGAGCCUUGAACAAGUGAUGUCUCCGAUAAUGCAACAAUUUAGGGAGAUUGAGACUUGUAUCGAAUGCUCGGCGCGUAGCCUUAUUCAGGUUCCAGAAGUUUUCUAUUAUGCUCAGAAGGCAGUUCUUCACCCUACAGCACCAUUGUUUGAUCAGGAAACACAGACUUUAAAGCCUCGGUGUGUGAGGGCUUUAAAGCGGAUAUUUAUUCUCUGCGAUGAAGAUAGAGAUGGUGCUCUCAGUGAUAGAGAGUUAAAUGACUUUCAGGUUAAGUGUUUCAACGCUCCACUCCAGCCUUCUGAAAUAGUCGGUGUUAAGAGGGUUGUCCAGGAGAAACUGUCCGAGGGGGUUAAUGACCGUGGUCUUACCUUGACAGGUUUCCUUUUUCUUCAUGCACUAUUUAUAGAAAAAGGCCGUCUUGAAACAACAUGGACGGUUCUGAGGAAAUUUGGGUACGAUAACGAGAUUAAGCUCCGAGACGAUCUGAUUCCACUUUCAUUCAAACGUGCUCCUGACCAGAGUGUGGAGCUGACUACUGAAGCUGUUGAUUUCUUGAAAAGCAUCUUCAACUUGUUCGACCUCCAUGGUGAUGCCGCAUUACGACCUGCUGAACUUGAUGAUCUUUUUUCAACUGCACCAGAAAGUCCUUGGAGUGAAGCUCCAUAUAAGGAAUCUGCAGAGAAGACUGCAUUAGGAGGGCUAUCCUUUGAUGGAUUCUUGGCACAGUGGGCCCUUAUGACAUUGUUAGAUCCGGUUAAAAGUGUAGCCAAUUUGGUUUACAUCGGAUACCAAGGAGACAUUGCCUCUGUACUGCGUAUAACCAGACGAAGAAGGUUAGACCGCAAGAAGCAACAAUCAGAUAGAAAUGUUUUCCAGUGCUUCGUCUUUGGACCUAAAGGUGCUGGGAAGUCAUCAUUGUUGAACUCUUUUCUUGGAAGGCCUUUUUCCGAGGCUUAUUCACCAACCACUACGGAGCGAUUUGCAACGAACACUGUGGAUCAUCUUGGGGGAAACAAGAAAACCCUAAUAUUACGAGAAAUACCAGAAGAUGGUGUCAAGCGUUUGUUAUCCAGCAAAGAGUCCUUGGCAGAAUGCGAUGUAGCAAUUUUUGUCCAUGACAGUUCUGAUGAGAAGUCAUGGAAAAGAGCAACAGAAUUGUUAGUGGAUGUUGCUGGUCAUGGUGAAGAUAGCGGUUUUGAGGUGCCUUGCCUCAUCGUUGCGGCUAAGGAUGAUCUUGAUCCUUUUCCACUGUCCAUACAAAAUUCAACCAGGGUCAGUCAGGAUAUGGGAAUAGAGGCACCUAUACCUGUUAGUAUGCAGUUAGGAGAUCUAAGUAAUGUUUUUCGUAGGAUUAUCAGUGCUGCAGAGCAUCCCCAUCUGAGCAUACCUGAAACUGAAGCCGGGCGAAAUAGAAAGCAGUACCGCCAGUUUGUUAACCGCUCCCUAAUGUUUGUUUCAGUUGGGGCAGCUGUUGCUAUUGCAGGACUGGCAGCUUAUCGCGUGUAUGCAGCAAGAAAGAACACAUCGGGUUAAGGGGUUUUCUCCAUGUAGCAGGCAGUUUAUGCCCUUAUCAUGUGGUGGUUGGUUCCAUCCACCUAGGGUUUCAUUCAGUAUCUGGAUUGUCACUUGUAGUCUUGUACUACCUCACAUACAUCCUUGUCUGAUUGUCUCUCUCGCUUCUGAUGUUCUUUGAAAAUGAAGUUGUGUACAGGGUGCUGCAAUUUUCAUGAGUCCCACGAUCUGGGUCUCUUUUGAUUAACAUCUGCAAUUUUCUAUUCCUUUUUCUGUUAUUUAUUCUUUUAAUCUCUUUUUUGGGAAUAAUGCUUGUUCUGACAGUACGAUGAACAAACACUCUCCAAUCUAUAUAACAACUGAUUAGAGGAGCA